UAUUAGGUAAUUAAAAAAUCACUGAAAAGGAGGCAUUGUUUUUUAUAAAAAACCACUUAGCUUACCUGGAAAAACCCCUCAGCCUCAAAAUUUAGUAUAGGCAAAGCAAGGCGUUCGUGAGCCCGGAAAAACCCAGAAAAAAAUACAAGAAAAAUGAGUGAGGAAAGUUCGCAGAGCGAGAGCGGAAGUGGAAGUGGAAGCGGAAGUGAGAGCGAGGAUUGGCCGGAAGAGGAUGUGGAGCGGGCCAGGAUGCGGGGAUCCUCGGAGGAUCUGGUGGGCAACGUGUGGCUGAGCGUCCAUGGAUAUCCACCCGGGGACGACAAAGCAAUAAUCUCGAUAUUUUCACGAUUCUGCUCAGUGUACUCGUAUCGCCAAAGGAAACGGGGCAUCGAAAUCCAAUUCACCUCCGAGGAGCACUUGCAGCGUGGAGUCCUCAUGGCCAAGCGUCUGGUUGCCGGCAGGAUGCCCAUCCGUUGGCAUGUGGGUCGUCUCAAUGAGGAUCCGGCCGGUGCCACGCCCCCUCCGCCUCAAGGGGGCCGAAAUCUGAGUGUUUUCGGGAAAUUGCGAAAGGCGUUCGCCAACUACUUUCACCAAUAACAUUUAACAAUAACAAUAACAGUUAUGUUCAUAUAUAUUUUAUCUUGGGUUUAAAAGCAUUUCAAAAAUACAUUUUGGGCAU